UGUCUGAACUCUCAGCUUAUGAUUUUUCUUCAAAUGACGUAGAAUAUUUAUGUGAAUAAUUUCUUUAAAGAGAACGUGAAUUUACUUUUUUAUGCACUUUGGAACUGUGUUUGUAAAUUUUGGUGUAUUUAUUAAUUCUCUGAUAUUAUAAAACUUCUUGCUAGUCCUGCUGUAAAGACCCUGUGAUGGCAAGUCGGGGUGGAGCUCAAAGGCCUAAUAAUUCAUCACAAGGCAAAAUCUGUCAGUUCAAGCUUGUCUUGCUGGGAGAAUCGGCUGUAGGCAAAUCUAGCUUAGUGUUGCGAUUUGUAAAAGGACAGUUUCAUGAGUAUCAAGAAAGUACAAUUGGUGCUGCAUUCCUGACACAAACCGUAUGCUUGGAUGAUACUACUGUGAAAUUUGAAAUAUGGGACACCGCAGGUCAAGAAAGAUAUCACAGUUUGGCUCCGAUGUAUUACAGAGGAGCACAGGCUGCAAUCGUUGUAUAUGAUAUUACUAACCAGGAUACAUUUAGCAGGGCUAAAACUUGGGUCAAAGAACUUCAACGUCAAGCAAGUCCAAAUAUUGUAAUUGCAUUAGCUGGAAAUAAAGCAGAUUUAGCAGCUAAAAGAGCUGUUGAGCAUGAGGCAACCCAAGCUUAUGCUGAUGAAAAUGGACUCCUGUUUAUGGAAACAUCUGCUAAGACAGCUAUGAAUGUUAAUGACAUUUUCCUUGCUAUUGCUAAAAAAUUACCCAAAAGUGACCAAACUGCUGGUAAUGGUGGUGCAAGCGAUGGUAGGAGAGGUGUUGACCUGAGUGAGAAUCAACAGCAAUCUGGCGGUGGUUGCUGCAAAUCGUAGGCUGGUCUGAAUUUAUGCAGCAAACCGAAUACCAUUCUCCUCAUUUUGAAAAAUUCAAAAGUAAUGUACAUUUGGACAAUUUGUAUAUAUAUAUAACACUUAUCUGAAGUUUUUUGGCCAUUGACAAAAUGUUCUAAAGAAAUACUGAGACUGAUUCUUUCAUAGCAUCUUGUGUGUUGCCAUGUUCUUAUUCUAGAAAAUAGCAAAAGAACAAUAUACAGAACAUGCCCACACACUCUUAUGUAUGUGAAUAUAUGAAAGCCUGUAAUCUCAGUUUGUUGGCAUGAAUGAUUCUUUGUUUUAUUUUUUGAAAUCGUCAUUUAAUAACCACAUACACUUGUUCUAUUAUCGUGUUGUGGAAAUUUUUAUGGAUAUUUACGUUCUUAUAGGCAUACUUUAUUUGAGUAGUUAUAUUUUUCUAAUUUUUUUCUAUAUCUGUUUAAGUCAAAUUUUAGGUUUUGUUUCCAACACUGUAUUAAGAGCAUUUUCCUAAAAGAAAAGAAAAAAAUGGCAGCAUCUCAAUCAAAGAAAUUAUAUCAAUCAUUUUGUUUGUAAUUUUGUCUGAUUUGUGAAAGGGCAGAAUUUUUUAAUCUCUACAAUUAUGAAAGCUUUUAGAUUACUUGAUGUUCAUGUUAAUAUUUAUUAUGCAAUAUAUUUGUUCAAGCUUAAAAGAAAUGAAUGAAAAAUAUCGGUUAUUAGUUUUGUAUUCUGUUCCUCAGUGAUUGUUUGCUAUGUUUACCUAAUGAACUGUGUUAAGUUUGAUAUGUUUGUAAAAAAAAAAAGAAAAAAGUCUGUAAUAUAAUGCUGAAAUUACAUUUGGCUGGUUCAAAUAUGAAAGUUAUUAAAAAUAUAAAUUUCUGAAUGAAACAUGUUUUUAGUAUAAUUCAUGCCAUGUAUGGUCACGUUCAUGUAUUAAUAAAUGAUGCUAAACUUUUGUUUUUCAUACAUUCCAUAGAUAAUUCAUAAAAAAAAAAGGCUACAAAAAAUGUAUUUUGCAUUUGAUGCAUAUAAUGCAGUUCAUAAUGUAACAACUUGGUAAGACUCAUUAAAAAAUUCUUAAAGGCA